AUGGAUCCAACUAAUGUUCAACAUAUAUUGGCGUCGGAUUUCCAUUCCUUUAAUCAUAGAGGAAUAACUAUAAGUAAAGACGACCUUCUUGCUGACAACAUACUUCUUAUGAACGGUAACCGGUGGAAGCUUGUGAGGCAGAAUUUGACUCCACUAUUCACAUCAACAAAAUUGAGGGCAAUGUAUUACAUUAUUGAUAAAAGUGCCAUUGAUUUUAUGGAACUUCUUAAGAGUAAACCUGAAUUAUUAAAAGGUGAUGUAUUUGAUACACUGUCUUCCUUCUGUAGUGCUGCAAUUGGUGCUGCUGUAUUUGGCGUUGACAUUUGUGUCACUUUACAGAAGAAUGGGAAGUUAAUUGAUAAAGAAUCAGGCUUAGAACUAGAACCGACUGAUGAGCUUUUAGCCGCUCAAGCGUUCUUUUUCUUCAUUGCUGGGGUGGAACCUACAGCGACAGCAAUAUUUGCAACAUUAGUUGAGUUAGGUCGCCACCCUGAAUAUUUAGAAAAGGUUCAAAAUGAAAUUGACGAGGCGUUUAUUAAGAAUGAUAGUAAAAUGAGCUACGACAUUGUUUCAAAUAUGUCAUUCCUUGAUAUGGCUUUUAACGAAGCAAUGAGGAUGCAUCCUCCCAUAGGAUUUUUAACAAGGGAAUGUGUAAGAGACACGGUACUCCCCGUCGGUAACAUUAAAGUUGAUAAAGGAACCAGGGUAUUCACACCAUUAUUUGAAUACCACCAUAAUGAGAAGCAUUAUGAAGAUCCAGAAGUGUUUAAACCAGAAAGAUUUUCUCCAGAAAACAAACAUAAAAUAGCAGAUAUCAGUUUCAUGCCGUUUGGAAAGGGAAACAGAGUAUGUGUAGGUAUGAGGUAUGCAACUCUUCAAGCCAAAACUGGACUGAUUUACUUGCUUCGAAACUUCACAGUGAAUACAAUUAUAAAACCAGGUGGAAUGAGGUAUAGCAAACAGCAAGUACAAGUAAGACUGGAUAAUGUUGAUAUAGAAAUAUCUCCCAGAACUCCUAGAUGCUAA